UAACAAGAGAAUUUCUUUUUGUUUCACUUACAAAUUUAUGAGGUUCUUAAUAUCUAUUACAGGUGUUAAACGAUGAAAUGUUUGCAAUUUUGGUUCUUAUGGCUCUAUUCACCACCUUCAUUACAACCCCAAUAGUGUUGUCCAUCUAUUAAAACACUAACGACAAAUCCUUUGAAACCCUAAGAAAAUUAGGUCUCCUUCUAUCAUUAAUUUCAUUGAGGCAAUUCAGAGCAUCCAAAACUCCUCCCUCAAACUCUUCAUCAUGCACCUUGUUGAGCUCACAGAACACUCUUCCUCCAUCAUCUUGGCUCAGAACACUAAUAAUAAGAGUGGCUCUAACCAUGUUGAGUGGCUAGAGCAACUUUAUAGGGCCUUCCAAGCCCAUGCUCAAUUGGGUCAAGUUUCAGUUCAGUCCAAGACCAGUAUCUCUUCGUUGUCCACUAUGCAUGAUGAUAUAUUUACCACGUGGCAGAUAAGAAAAUGGUGACCAUGAUCAUCUUGCCUUUCCACAAGCGAUGGAGGAAGGUGGAAAUGGAAAAUGAGGAGGAUAAUAAUAAUGAGGUUUCCCAACACCAAACGGAGGAAAAUAUUGGCCAUGAGUGGAGAGGUGUGAACCAAAGGGUACUUAAGAAUGCACCUUGCACUGUGGCUAUGCUUGUUGAUAGAGGAUAUUUGGUCCUAUCUACGACCGUGACCCAACAUUUUUGUGUUUUGUUCUUUGGUGGGCCCGAUGAUGAUCGUGAGGCCUUGGAGUUGGGGGAUAGAAUAUCUAACCAUCCAGCGGUUAAAGUGACUGUUGUGAGGUUCAUUCACAAAGAUGUGUUGGAAGGUAAUGACAUGUCACACUCUUCACCAAGCAAAACUAAUGGGAAAAAUUACAACUUAGCCAUAUCUAAAGUGUACCCUCCAAAUGAAAAGGAGCUAGAUGAUGCAACAAUGGCAAGGUUCCAAAGCAAGUGGAAUGGAAUGGUAGAGUGUGAUGAGAAGGUAGCUAGUAAUAUUAUGGAAGAGGUGUUAGCAUUAGGGCGAAGUAAGGAGUAUGAACUCAUAAUUAUUGAGAAAGGUCGAUUUCCGUUGAGUUUGGUGGCAGAUUUGGUAGACAGGCAGGUAGAGCCCGAUGAAUUAGGUCCUAUUGGAGACAUUUUAGCAUCAUCAACACAUGAUGUGGUUUCUUCAGUAUUAGUAAUUCAACAACUUAAAUGCAUCGUGCUGGAGCCGCUACUUGUGUUCCUGGUACUGAACAAACAGAUUGGAGCGUAA